CUCGAUACCAGUCACCCGACCUAUUAUUCGAAGGUGCGUAUCGCGAUUCAGACGGCUAAGGUCCGAAAGUUCUGGCUCUGCAAUGUUUAUGGGAGUGUACGCUGGCGAUCUUCUCGGAUGAAAUAGAAUUCCUGAUGAGCUCUGAGUCACAUCGUGAAAUAUAUCCCACUGCCAGCACCAAAAGCCAUAAUAGCUCAUCACAUUACAGAUGGCAAACCGACGAUAUUUAUGAAUGUCCUCCUCAACGCGGGCCCUCUCACCACUAGUCGACGUUGACCUCGGGAGCACUUACGGAGCAUUUUUUGUCGGGGCUAUCGUUGCAGCAUUUCUCUUUGGCAUAACCAACAUUCAAUCUUUUAUCUACUUUCGGACGCAUGCCGGCAAAUGGGCAAAAAUUUAUAGGCUCGUCGUCCUUUUGCUUUGGAUACUUGAUGCUGUGCACCUGACAUUGAUCGUCCAUUGCGUCUAUUAUUAUCUGGUGAUCAACUUCGCGAACUUGAAGGGGCUCACAGAAGUUGUAUGGAGUUUUCGACUUCAAGUAAUAUUCAACGUCAUCAUCAUCUGGGUGAUACAUUUGCUAUAUUAUCAUCGCAUAUGGAUAGUUGGAAGGGACCGUUCAAGAGCCUUCCUAAUAAUACCGGGCAUAUUCGUCUUCUUAAGUUCAGGCGUUGCCAUCACCCUGAUUUGGGAAGUAUAUCGUCCCAAUCCGCCGAUAAGUUUGUUUUUAACCAGGUGGCCCGCAUUCAUGGCUUUGGGGGCGGCUGCUUCCCUCGAUAUACUCAUUACAGUCUCGCUAUGCUAUCUCCUGGCUACCUCCCGUACUGGGUUCUCUAACACGGAUUGCUUGAUCACAAAACUCAUUCAUUACACCAUUGAUAGUGGCUGCCUGACGAGCUUAUGUUCAUUGACAUCUAUUAUUGCAUGUGCAGUGAUGCCAAACAACUUGAUCUUUCUCGGCUUUCAAUUUGUGGAGGCUAAACUCUAUGUCAACUCGUACAUCGCACUUCUGAACGCAAGGUACUACAUGCAGUCUGAUACAGACACCGCCAAUUCUUUCGAGCUCCGUGAGCUCCGGGGUGCCUCCAUUGACACUAGCACUGGGCUGCAAGAUGUGUCGCAUGAGAAAUUCCCCACAUUCCGGAGGAGCAUGUUUGCUCAUCCCCAAAUUGAAGUGGUGCCUCCCACUCGACCCUUACAGGCUGUCAUGUCACGCCGGUCGGUUUUUGUGACAGUGGAGAAGGAGUCUUUCGUAGAUCCCUAGUUGAUCCCUAGUGUGAAUUGUUUGUCCAUCUGGUCACGUUCAACGGCUCUCUCUUGCGAUGAUAAGACUUGGUCUAACCUUUGCUGUACCACCACCUUCAACUUCUUGUUGAGAUGUACACUACAUGAUUUUGAUGAUCUCAUUCACGUCGUAACGGCGUUUGGCUAGG